AUUUAAAAGAUCGUAUGCCCCACGUGAAUGAGACGAAAAUCUGAGGAAAAGAUGAUUUUCCUCGUUGUUAAAUCUCGAACCUGAUAAGAGUACAGAGACUAAUCAAAUUACCGUAGUGAUUGGUACUGUCAGUAGUAGCAGUUCGUAGAAUUAAAGUGCCUCGAUUACUGUCGAUCGCUGUUCUUGUCAGCCGCAUUGGAACUUAAUGGAACGGUUAUUAACACUAUUAACGCUGUUCAGAUUCAAGGCGCUUUUGUUUGUGGCUCUCGUUUGCCCCCUCCACGUGAGUAGCUCAACGAUUUUGAAAAUUUUGAGCAAUUCUGGAGAAAAAUCACGUUCUGACUUGCGACUUUUGUGAUUCUUUCAUAGUAUAAUUGUUGUACGUACGCCAUAUACGAUGACGCGUUUACGAAGUGAACACUGGAGUCUCCAUCUCCAUUAGAUCUGCUAGAUAAGCAUACCAAACCGUCAUUCGCGGCAUAUUUGUGUCGCGUUCAUGUCACAGCACGGUUAGCAGAUUUUGUUGUGACAGUGAGAUGCUCGAGCUUGCCAUUGCGUUGUCACCGUUCAUCGUUCGGCUGUGACUGUUCGCGAGCUUUUGCUUCUGUCAUUGAAAUACAAUGUCCUCGAGGAACAGGCCCUCCUCUUCUAAGGUUCAUCCUCUGGUCUGUUCCUUCUGCAAUUUGGCUGAGGACAAUGAGCUGGAAUAUGGAAAGAUGUACGAGCACAAUGGAAUUGUCACCCACUAUUAUUGUUUGCUCUUGUCCUCAAACAUGGAACAGAAAGGAAAUGAUGACGAAGGCAUACUUGGAUUCCUUGCUGAAGAUAUACAAAAGGAACUUCGCAGGGGAAAGAGAUUGGUAUGCUCGUACUGCAGAAAGCAAGGUGCUACUUUAGGUUGUUGUAACGUAAGAUGCAAACGGAUCUUUCAUUUUCCUUGUGGCAUGAAAGCUGGUUCUCUGCAUCAGUUUUUCGGUGAAUUUAGAUCGUAUUGCAUAAACCACAGGCCGAAACAAAAGAUCGAUGAACAGGUUCUAAAGCAGGCUGCCGCGGUAGAUGUAAUGUGUUAUAUUUGUUAUGAUAAAGUUAAUACUAAUGACUUUGUGAAAACAUUAUGGGCUCCCUGCUGUAAAAAAGAUGCAUGGUUUCAUCGCAUUUGUGUUCAGCAACUUGCAUUAAGUGCAGGAUAUUUUUUCAAGUGUCCCUUAUGUAACAAUAAAAAAGAUUUUCAAAAAUCUAUGUUAGAAUACGGUAUUUUCGUGCCAAGUCAAGAUGCUUCGUGGGAAUUGGAACCAAAUGCAUUUGAAGAUCUUUUAUAUAGGCAUGAUCAGUGCGAUGCACCGAAAUGUCUUUGUCCAAAGGGAAGGAAGUAUACAAGUACUAACGCUAAAUGGGAAUUGGCCCUAUGUCGUACUUGCGGUUCACAAGGUAUCCAUAUGUUUUGCGGGCAGCUGAAGUGGGCUAAUCCGGUGUGGGAAUGCGAAGAAUGUACAUCCAUAUUAAGUAAAGAUCGUGUAAAACUAGGCAACAGUUCUGCAAUAAGCAGUACUAGUCAAAAUAGGGAUUCUGAUUCAGAUUUGAAUUCAGACUCAGAUUCAGAUUCAGACUCAGAUUUGGAUAGUGAUACAGAUAUCUCUGUAGGAACUGACUUCCCUAUGCCGUGCGCCUUGACCGAUUCAUCUUCCACUUCUUCCUUGGAGUCUAUUCUGGAUAAUAUUAAUUUGCGACCUGGUCCACGUUCUUUUAAAUUACAACAGCAAAUGAUCAAGCUAGGCCAAUGGUUGGACUUAACAAGUACCGUGCUUGAAAAGAAUAUAGCUGCUAUUGAAACUAGUACGAAAGAUGAACCAUUAUCAAAAAAUGAAUCCUUAUCAAAAAAUGAUGAUGCGAAGAAGAAGCCAUCGAUAAGUAAAGAAAGUAUGGAAAGUAAAGAAAAUAUUCUUCAGCGAGAAAGUAAGGAAGAUAGCUUCCAGAAAGAAAAACGGUUCCCCAGCAAAAAUGAUGAAAAAUCUCAGCCGAUUCAGAAGACGGAUGUUAUCAUAAUUGAAAGUGAUGACGAUGAUGUGGAACUUAUUACAUUAACACAAAAAACGAAUCUUUCACCUGUACACAUGAAGCAGCCUACACAAUUUGGCAGUUUGUGUCUUCCUAGCACAUCAACAUCGAAGAAGUUAAAUGCAAUAGUGGCAUCUAAGAGCCAAAUUGUAGCUACAAUUGAUUUAUCAGAAAAGGAUUAUAUCGAUUUAUCAAAACCUAUUGCAUCAGAAAGAGAAGUUUCGAAGAAAACCGAAUCUACCAUCUCCAAGGACCAAAUCGAUGUAGUUAUGUCACAAGAAUCUACAUUAGGUCUAAUUAAUUCAAACGAUGUGAAAACGGACACGGAAGAAACAAGCGGAACGUCAUUUAUGAAUAUCAAAAUUACUAAUGUUGUUUCCCUGCCACCUGAAGUGUUCGAAAGUGUACCUGAUGUUAUAUGUGACAAUAUCACAUUACAUGCGAAUACUACUAAUACCUCGCCUCUUUUUAUAAAUGAAACAUUGGAACAACUCGUUACCUCUGUCUCGUCGAAGCGUAGUAUGCACGAAGCGAGUAACAUUAACAACUGCAAGAAGAUCAAAAGAAAUAGUUUCGACGAAAGGUUGCAUGAAACAUGUUCUCGAGUCGGAGCUACAAUACCUGAUAGAAGUGAGACAGAUAAUACUCAAAAUGAUGCAAAAAAUAGUACAAAUAAUACAGAUAGGCAGCAAAAUGAAAGAACAUCUGCAAACAAGUUCAUUCCGCUGUUAAGUAAUAAUCCAGCAAAUAAUUUAUCUUCACAACACAAUUAUAUACAAAUUAAGGGGAAUGAUGUGCAACAUAUGAAUCAAAUUUUAUCAAAUUUGGAAGGAAACACUGUACAUGCUAAUCUAAACCAGAGGAACGAAAAUCGUAUCACACAAGCAAAUACGACAGAAUUUGUAACUUUCACCAAGAAUAAUCCAGUUUUGUUGCCAAUUAGUAGUUAUUAUAUUCAACAAAUACCUAACCCGAAUUUUACGACAAUUAAUCAGAAUGAUGGAAGAAAUGAAACAAACUUGUACGCUAUACCAUCGAAUAGCGUAAUUCUACCGCGUGUGACAGAUAAUAUCACUGUGCUUAGUAACUCAACAGUACUUAGCAAUCCUCUGCUUGUAAAUCAACCAGUAAUGACCAAUAUAACUGCGCCUAUUCUGAGCGACAAACAAAUAGUAACAGUAAAUCAACAAGAAGCUGCAUCAAGGAAAGAUGUUCCUACUAGUACACCCAGUAAUGAGAACAUUUCCACAAAUAAGACGACACAUAAGAAGAACUGUGACGGGGAUGCAGGCACCAGACCUGUCGAGACUGAAUCUAUCAACUGUAAGAAAGCUGACCCACCAAAUUAUUCCCACAGUGUCUUCGACAAACAAACCAUUGCCCGUCAAAGAUCUAUCGCAACCUGCAGUGUCUUCCCACAAAUCACUAACAACCAUACCACAUGUCAUCGACCUGGACUGAUACCGCAUUACGUGGAUCUACAGGACCUGAAGUUUCGAGUCUGUACAUCGAACAAUAUUGAAAUGAUUUUAUAUGAUACGUUCUCCGUAAAUAUUUCGAUGAAGAACCUCAAGGAAAGUAAGAGAUUGGCAGGUGUAGCUGCAUCACGGGAGGCAAAAGAAAUGUCUACCAUUGCAUCUCGUGAAGCUUCGUGCAGUUCGGAUUAUACCGACAAUAUUACAACUGAGAGACAAUGUUCCGACAAGCUUUUUUGUUGUUUGAAAAAUGAAAAUUUUUCAAUUAAUGACAAAAUGUACAUAGCGCAUGGUCGGGAUGAUGCUAAAGAGAAUUUAAAUCCGAUCAGAUCUAGAGUACUCCCGCAUAACGAUACAUUAGACAAUAUAAACUUGACAAAUAAUGUUGGCAGUGUAAUGAAUAACUGUUUUAAGGAUGAGAAUGACAGUGAGACGUGUCUCGUUCCAAGUGAUAGUAAUGUAAGUGUAUUAAAUCGAACAGUUUGCAAUACGAAUGUAGAUACUAUUGUACCGCUUAUUUCGAACCAAGGUUCACGAGUUAGUUUAGAAACUGUACAGCAACAUAAACAAGCGUCUAUGCACAGUGUAAUUUCUGUACAUACAGAAGAAAGGUCCAGGACUCAACUAUUUUUCAAGGAGACUAAUAGAAUAGUACACAGUGUUGAUUUUGAUUUAAAUGUUAAUAUGAAUAAAAACAUUGAGAAAAUAUCGCAAAAUGAUAUCACUGUUCUGAGUCAACAUACUGAUGAUGAUAAAAUUGGUAAUGAUCAUACAGACGAUUCUCCGACAUCACAGAACGGUUUAAAAAAUUUAAAUAGUAUGAACGUCAGUUCGAAGAUUAAUAACCGGAACGCCACGCGUGUCUCGAAUAUUACAAGGUUUAAUGAACAUAGUAUCCUAAGUAAGCAGAUCGAUGCGUGCAAUUCUAAAAAGUUCAUUCAAUGCAUAGCGUUUCAAGAAAAUACUGUACGUCGUAAUGGUGAGACUAGGAUAAAAAAUAAUGAAUUUUGUAUCAAAGUGAGUAUAGAUUUGUGUAAGAUACAAAAUCUAAUUGACUCUAAACCGGAAUUAUUUAAAAAUCAAAAGCACAAUGCUAAUGAUCAAUGGCAUACGCACACAAAUCGAUUACCUGACUUAGAUAACUAUGUUUGACAAUAGGAUACUGUGAUAUUGAGAAUAGAAAUAGGGUGGUUUCCAGCAAGAGACACAUGAUACAGUGUAACACAGUGAAUCAUUAUAUCCUUGUUAUUUGUCAAUGUUAAAUGAAGAUGACAUGAUCACUGUCACACUGUGUUGCUUGUUGGAAAGCACUAAUAAUAAUUAUCCUUCUAUAAGGAAUUAUAGAACUCAAAUAACACGGGUACACAUCGAGUGGAUACAAUAAAAUGUUAUCCCUGAUGCAAAUACGUAUCCUAAAAUAUCAAGUUUUAAAUCAGAGAUUUAAGACGUUUCAAUAAAAAUACCUCAGAGAGUUAAUAUGGA